GGUGCGAACUGAAACUGUUUCACUAUGGGAUUCAUGUGGCACAGAAAAUGCGUAUGCUGUGGAGUUGCCUCAACGAAAAUUCAGUCAAUUUGAGCCUAUCAAACAAAACGGAAACAUGGGAGUUUCAAGAUAAUUAUGGUUAUCGACUAUAUCUGGUGCAAAUAACGAUUGCUUUUCACGUGACCCACAGUCAACCACAAACCUUAAAUUUGUUGAAAAUGCCUUUAAUAUGCCAAGAACUACUAUUUUACCUUGUGUUGAAGGUUAUGUUUCUAUUACAAAUUGUAACAUUACAAAUUAGAAAUUGUAACAUUAUUUUUAUUUGCUUGUCACUUACACCUACAAUUGCUUUUGUACUCCCCUAGGGAAUUCGGUGAACAAUUUGGUGUAAUCACACAAUAUCAAAUAUGAAAUACUGAUCAGGUGACUAGGUGACUAGUUGUCUAUCGAAGAAGCAACUUUUGAACUUCUUUUCGAUUUGGUUGAUCCUUCUACAUCAACGAUACACUUCACGAUGCAACUACUGUGGUGUUUAAGUGUUUGUUUGUGCCUUCUAGUAGCUACGGCAGCUUUUAGAGAAAUGGAAGUAGUUCAGUAUGUAGCAAAUGUGACUACCGUUCUCGCAGCACGCCGUACCGGAACAUUUAUCUGUUGGUUGCUUCAGUUCAGCUGGGAAAACUCCGCCAAACAGCUUUAUAACACAUUGUCCAAAGAGCUGUCCGUAAAUCAACCACUAACUCUCCUGCAAGCUGAUCACACCACCAUUUACAACGCAACGUACCUGGUUCCAAACAUGGUGACCAUAACGCUCGAUGUGCUGGACGAGGACCUUAAUGUGGAAAAUAUUGAAUCCUGGCUUCAAGCAAUUCCAGUCGUGUGCUUUGUAAUAUUACUUUUCAAGCACACAAACGCUGACCUAGUAGUGCCAAUUGCCAACACCUUCGAAACACACGCUCUAGUGAACUUCGUCAUGAUCGCAGUGAAUGAAGAUGUUAUGUACACGUUUCAUAACAUGCCCCCGCGAGCAAUACUACACAGAGGGUAUCCUUCCCCAGAAACCAUUUUGUACGAUCGGUUGAGUGAUAUAAAACUGGGCGAGAUAUCUGCUGCGUACAUAAAGGACGUAUACACUUACCCUUUUGAGGAUAAAAUUCCCGGCGAAGAUAUUCAACUGUUUACACUAUUCUUUCAGAGACUGGGCCUACAGAUAAACAUGAAAGUGGCGCACUGUAAUCCGAGGGAAUCUUAUGUGCAAUGUUUGUUUGACCAACACGACAUUGUUAUAUUUGUCAAUCGAUUCAUGCCGUUCUGGUAUUCAAGUUUGCUGAUCGAUGCAAUCGAAAUGUACAAGUACGGUUUAUUUGUUCCGAGCGGUCGUUUGCUUACAAUUAUGGAAAUCUUUUUACUACCAUUCAACAGUAGCGUGUGGGUAUCGGUGGGUGUUUUGUGCAUAAUUUUCUACAUGUUACAACGUUUCGCUCCAACGCUGUUUCAGAACAAUCUUAUAUUGGUUGCAUUGUUCGGGUGGGAGAAACGUAAAUUGCGCUUAAGCGGUCAGUGCGAAAAACUGUUCGCCAUCGCAUUAAUCGUAUUAUUUUUUCACCUCACGUGCGUCUACGAAACAAUCGUUAUCUCAAGCAUGAUAAACCGACCGGUAAAACAAAGUCCAAAAACCAUUGAGGAUUUUCUUACGGCUAAUAUAGAAGUAUUGUACGACUCGCAAAAGUUAGACAUUGAACGUUACAAUAUGAAUGUUCAUGGUAUGGCUUUACGAUCAGCUUCCAGUUAUACAGCGUUAGAAAAUAAUGCAUAUUUGAGCAACCUGCUUUCAUUGGAGCUCCUAUCAAACGCUGUAACCAACAUUGAUCAUUUUACCGAACGACCACGGCACGUUAUUUUGAAACAAUUUGUUUGGGAAGGUAUGGCUUUCUACUACUUUCGAGAAAAAUCAAUAUUUACUAACAGGUUCGCUAGAUUUCGACGGUUGGCGUUUGAAGCAGGAUUGCAACGACACUGGCGACAAGAGUUACUGUUGCAUUACAUGCGCAAACAUAACUUAGCGUACCACAGUAUGGCUAAUCAAGAGAAAAAAAUCAUAAAACUCGACAAAAUAUCACCUGUAUUUAAAUUGCUGCUUAUUGUAUGGGGUGCAUCAGUCUUAGUAUUUGCUAUUGAAAAUUGUGUGUUUGUACUACAGAAUAAAUAUUGCACUUGAAUUUUCAAAAAUUAUAUCUGUCUUCUGUACUACUUAUACAUUGCUGUUGUAAGUGUUUUUAAAGAAAAUACACAGUUAAUUGCAAACACUUUUUCAUUCGUUAUUAAAUAAUUACGAAAGAAGAACGAUCCGUACGCCGUAUUGUUGAAUUAUUUGAUAUUUGAUUUUACAUUUUGUGCACAUUGUUCAACAUUUUUCAGUUCUGAAAUCAUCCGUGGUUUGCUGAAAUGUUCAUUUUUAAAACAUUACGAAAGUGGAAAAAAACGUUACGAAAGCCAUUAGGAAAAUCGGUCUCCUCAUAAACACAGUCGUCCUCCAUACUAUCCUUUGCAGCGCAAUGUAUCACGUACCGAAUAAUACAUCUUUGUAAAUGAAAAAACUUUGAAGUACUGGACGAAAAUGGCGACUUUCAAACUAUUAAGCUAGAACCUGCCGUAAAAUCGUAAUCGUAAAUCGUAAAUCAAAAUCAUAAAAAAGUUGAAUUGUAACACAUCUUCUAGAAGAAAAGAUCGUUCAAACAUGAAAUCGAAAUUUUUACAAAAUCACUAACUGAACCCGGAAACUUAGAUUUGCCCUGAAAAAAUUUCAAGCAAACAUUUUGAAAGUUUAAUCUUGAUCCGUGUGGCAUAGAGCGGCGAUUAGAGAAAAUCGUCCAUAAAUUAAGAAAACUUAAACUCUUACCAUUCACGAUCGAAAUUAUAUUUCCAAUGAAAGCAUUUUUUUCUACUUCUUUUGUGACACUAAAGCUUCAACAGACAUUUCUGGCUUACCUUGACGAUUGGGAUUAGAUGCCAGGCCCUGAAAUGUAUGGUAGAUCUCUUUACGAACCUACACAAAGGAAAUGGACUAUUUUGCCUUGUCUUCAAUCUAGAGAGAGCCAUUUGCGACUUCUACCUUCUGGGUCUAACUUCUAUAAGUCAAUCCAAAUCAUGGAAUACGCUGAUGACAAAGACAUGAUUGGUGCUGUGCAGUAAACGGAAUCCCGCGGAAUGAAGAUUAACCAGGCAAAAAUAAAAUUAACCGCUUUUUUGAAUAUCUGUAUCGCGAAUCUGUAUUUGCUGGAGAGAAAAUAGCUACCACAUCAACAUAGCAAUAUAUGCUAGAACAAAAAAUAUGAUCAAUCUAUUAAGUUAUCUUAUAAGUUGUUUCAGCCUUCGU